AUGUCGUCCAUCUCCAGCUUCCUCUUCGCCCUCGCGGCCCUCGUGGUGCAAGCCACUGGUUUUCCAGCUCCCGACCCCGAACUGGUCGUCCGCAGCCCAGCAGCAGUCUCCUGUGCCCCCAUCCCCUCAGCAGGCACAUACCCAACAUGGCAACAACUCCCCCUCCAAACCACGCUUCCCGACCCCUUCCUCCCCCUCUCCCAAACCACGACCGACUCCGGCAACUCGGCGGCGGACAUCAUGUCCGGCAAUGCCGCCGGCCGCAUCACCUCGCCCGAUGACUGGUAUCAAUGCCGCCAGCCCGAGAUCCUGCAGCUACUCCAGGAAUAUCAGUACGGAUACUACCCGGACCACGCGCAGGAGACAGUCAAGGCGACACGGAGCGGCAAUAAUGUCGACAUUGAAGUGACGGCUGGCGGUAAGACGGGGAAAUUCAGGGCGACGCUGAGUCUGCCGAGUAGGAGUA